GAAAUGGCCAUGCAAAGGACAGAGAGAGACCAAUUUAGAGGAAGAAAGAGAGUGUGAGAGAGAUAUACAGUGACAUAUAUAUAUACAAACGUUCUUCGUUUCGAUCGAUUCUGAUAAAUUAAUGGCGGCCUCUAAGAGUUACUUCGCGAGAGCGGCGAACUACCGAUUCCUUUCUAGCGAGAGAGACGCUCCGAUCGUUUCAGAGACCGCGUUCGAGCUCGACGAAUCGGAGGUGUGGAACUCGAAUCGCUCCGCGUCGCCCGAGUUCCGGAAAGCGAUUCCGAGUUCGCGUGCAUCGAAGAAAGCGUCGGCGAAGCGAGUCGGAAACGAGGCCGGCGCGAGGCCGGCGUCGCUUCCGGUGAACGUACCGGACUGGUCGAAAAUACUGAAGGAGGACUACACGGAUAAUCGGAGGAGAGACAGCGACGACGACGACGACGGCGAGGACGAUGGGAAUCGGAUUCCGCCGCACGAGUUCUUGGCGAGGCAGUUGGCCAGGUCACGAAUCGCCUCCUUCUCGGUGCACGAAGGUAUUGGGAGGACUCUCAAAGGAAGGGAUCUGAGUAGGGUUAGAAACGCAAUUUGGGAGAAAACUGGGUUCCAAGAUUAACAGAAACAACGAUAGAGUUGAGAAAAGAAAAAUUUACAGUAACAGUGAGAAAUGAAAUUAUUAUUCUUCUGUAGUAAGUUAGUAACGGUUUAUUUUAAUAGUGGUCUUUUUUUGGGGGUUUUUUUUGGGUUUGUGUUCUUCGUGGUGGGAAGCGGAUUGUUAGUUGAAUGUAAUACUAAUUUUUUAGAUUAAUUCAGGAAAUGAUUUGAUUUUA